UCCAUGGGAAGAGGACUUAUUUUUGCGACAAAAUUUGAAAGAGGGUGUAGGACUAAAAUCGGCGGAUGGUGGCUGACAACUAGUGGCAUUGCACAAACCCUGGCCUACGUUGAGGCAAUAACCAACAUGGCCGCCGUGAAAACUGAUCCUAUCGAAGAGACAAAAACCGAAGAAUUUCCUUCUAAUGGAGAACCCCUAGAAUUGAUAGCUGAUCAGCAAGAAACCGUUGAUUCAAAAAAGAAAAAGAAACGCAAAAAGAAGAAAAACAAUGUUUGUAAUGGAAAUAAUGAAAAUUCUGAAGAGAACGGUUCUGCAGCUCAAAUUGAACUUAUUGUCAAGGAUUUAAAUUCAGUCAAAAUUGAUGCAGAAGAAGAGCAGGAGGAAGAUGCAGAUGAUGGAGAUGGAAAGAAAAAGAAAAAAAGAAAUAAAAAGAAGAAGGCCAAUGUAGGGGGAGGAGCAAACAAACAACAGACUGUGCCUCCAUCAAUACCAAUAGUAGAGCUUUUUAGCCCAGGAAACUAUCCUGUUGGGGAGAUCAUGGAAUACCCAACAGAGCAGGAUAAUCGUACUGCUAAAAACAGAAUGACAGAUGAAGAGAAAAAGAUGUUGGAUAAAUCUCACAGCCAUUUGUAUGAAGAUAUGAGAUUAGCAGCAGAGGCCCACAGACAGACCCGAAAAUAUAUGAAGUCAAUUAUUAAACCAGGAAUGACCAUGUUUGAUAUUUGUGAAGAGCUAGAAAGCACAGCCAGAAAGUUAAUCAAAGAGAAUGGAUUGGAAGCUGGUCUAGCUUUUCCCACUGGCUGCUCCCUUAACCAUUGUGCUGCCCACUACACACCUAAUGCUGGUGAUACAACUGUCCUUGGAUAUGAUGAUGUUUGUAAAAUUGACUUUGGAACCCACAUAAAUGGUCAUCUUGUGGAUUGUGCCUUUACUUUGACAUUCAACCCAAAAUAUGAUCAGCUACUAUUGGCCGUGAAAGAUGCAACCAACACAGGUGUGCGUGCUGCAGGUAUUGAUGUGAGGCUGUGUGAUGUUGGUGAGCAGAUACAGGAAGUCAUGGAAUCAUAUGAGGUGGAGCUUGAUGGUAAAACAUAUCAAGUUAAGCCAAUUAGAAACUUGAAUGGUCACUCUAUUGGUCAGUACAGAAUACAUGGUGGAAAAACUGUGCCAAUUGUCAAAGGGGGUGAAGCAACCAGGAUGGAGGAAGGUGAAGUCUAUGCUAUUGAAACCUUUGGCAGUACUGGCAAAGGCCAUGUACAUGAUGAUAUGGAAGUCUCUCAUUACAUGAAAAACUUUGAAGUUGGUCAUGUUCCGCUCAGGCUUGCCAAGUCUAAACAGUUGUUGAAUGUCAUCAACCAGAACUUUGGGACCCUGGCUUUCUGUCGUCGCUGGCUGGAUAGGCUGGGCCAAAGCAAAUACUUAAUGGCGCUGAAAAACUUGUGUGAUGCUGGAAUUGUGGAUCCUUACCCUCCUCUCUGUGAUCAAAAAGGCUCAUAUACCGCUCAGUUUGAGCACACUAUCAUUUUGAGACCCACCUGCAAGGAGGUGGUAUCAAGAGGCGAAGACUAUUAAAAAGCUGUACUGGAAAACUACAGAAAGAAUUGUCAGUUUUACAUUGUCCUUUCUUUAUAGAACUCAGUCAAAUAGAUAUUAAAGGAUGUAAAAUAGUUAAGUAAAACGGUGAAGAAUUGAAGGUUUCAUAUUUUUUCAUUAUCAUUUUAAAAGUUGCUUUAUUUAAGUUAAACAUCCAAUAAUUUUGAUAACAUAGUCUUUGCGGAACGAGAAAGAAAUGUUGAGUUAAAGCCUAUCAGAUUUUUUAAAAAGAUUUAUAAUGUAAAAUAUACCUGGUAGAAAAACUGAUGCUUCAUUCAAAUAAUUUCCAGGCUUUGAUUACAAAUAAAUUGUUUUUUACCUAAUUUAUACUAAAUGUUUAAAAGGCAUUUUCACAAUAGAAAUCCAAUUGAAUUUCUAAAUUUCUUUAGUAAACUUAAAAAAUUUUCUUUUUGGAAUGGAUGUUAAAUGAUGAUAAUUUUAGGACUAGUGGAGGCAAAUACUCAUGGUAGUUAAAAUUGUCAAUGUGAGCAUUCAGUUGCUUAUUACAAAGUCAAAUAAAAGGGCUUAGGUUGUUUUUUUUUUAUUCUCUACCUGGUGUCAGUGUACAGAAAUGUAAAUUAUUUUGAAAUUUCAAAACUGAAGUGCACUGUAUUUAUUUGAAAAAGUAAAUAAAUCUUCAGACAACUGCA